ACAACAUGUGGUAUAGAAAAUGUACAAUGUCAAUCAACUGUCAUAGAACUAUUACUACGAAAUUUCCGGAUUGUAUUAUGAGAGCGAGUCCCACCAUUGCCUAUGAGACCGUUUCAACAGUGUUUUUCAAUUCACCUUGGGUCCUUGUGUGUGGGGACUGAACUAAAUGCGUGUCCCUGGUAGUCUACAGAGGGCUAGGCUACGGCGCAGACUCAAGACAACACAUUCCUUCGACGCUUCGCUUUCUCAGUUGACGCGACUGCGACGGUUUCUGACGUGAAGCAAGGAUACAUUAGCAGCAUUAGCCUAGAUAAUAUCUUCUUCGCAUGACAGCGACCCGACACGGACCAACUAUUUGCAACGCUGCAAAGCGCGCAUUUGCUGUCACAUUCUGACGGAUCGUAACGACAGGACGGUGCAUUACAAACCCCCGGGGUUGGUGUGCGUCCCAAAAAAACAAGAGGACGACAUGUACAGGCCUAAUCUUUAAACGUCUCGGGUAUAUCCAUUACGGAGAUUAAUUUGACACUGGAUUAAGGUUUCGGUUCUGGCAGUUUGCCGCGCUCCGUUCUAAAGCACCGAAAGAAGGAAGGGCUUUCUGUCUUUACUACUAUGUUAGGUUACCGUCGCUUCCUGGUUUCUUGACGGAUAAAUAAACAACUAUUUACAACCAAUUUCGGUAUAAAAACGGGUGUUAAAACUUUGAGAUGAUGUGUAACAUGUAUAGCAUGACGGCGAAUGGGAGCGCGUCGUGAGGUCCACCGUUCGAUUGUUUUUAAUCUGCACAUCUGUCUGUCCUUCUCCCGAGUGAUUUACUGACUGAGGAGCCUGAAUAUUACAACAACAACACAUCUAUCCUGAUUUGGACAUCGGACGCCGAUGACUCUAUAGGCUAUUCCACCGGGAUCUAACCGACGCAGCCAACCGUCACCACGCAUGGGUCCGCCGGGGGCUCGGAUCCCCCGGGGUUGGAGGACCCAGGCCCGCUGCGAGGAGGAUGGCGACCCAGAGAGGGAGAAGCGAUGGGUGGAACUGUUCAACGAACUGGACUUGAACAGUGAUGGAGUCAUCGAUAUCCACGAGCUCCGGGUGGGAUUGGCGAAACGUGGGCUCUCCCGCCGCGCGGUGGACCGGCAGAUUGUCAAGGAGGGGGACAGCAACAAUGAUGGAGAGUUGGACUUCCAGGAGUUCAGGCAGUACCUCCGCUCCCACGAGGAAGAGCUGCGACUCAUGUUCCUCAGCCUGGACCGCAACAACGACGGCGAGAUAGAUGUAUCAGAGAUUCAGCAGUCCCUUCAAACUCUGGGAAUAGCUGUGAGUCUGAAGGAGGCUGCCACGAUCAUGAAGAGUAUUGACAGGGAUGGUAACAUGACCAUCGACUGGGAUGAGUGGCGAGAUCACUUCCUGUUCAACCCCAUACACAGUCUGGAAGACAUCUCUCGCUACUGGAAGCACUCUCAUAUGCUGGACAUAGGAGACAACCUGACCUGUCCUGAUGAGUUCUCCGAGCAGGAGAAGAAGUCAGGGUUCGUCUGGAGACAGCUGAUGGCUGGAGCUAUGGCAGGAUCAGUCUCCCGGACCGGCACCGCCCCACUGGACCGCCUUAAAGUCUUCCUGCAGGUGCAUGGCUCGACCCCGGGGAACCCUGCAGGGGCCCUUGGGGUGGGGAACAUGAUCAGUGGGCUGAGGGCCAUGGUGAAGGAGGGGGGGUUCAGUUCCCUGUGGAGGGGCAACGGGGUCAACGUCAUGAAGAUCGCCCCUGAGACCGCCAUCAAGUUCUGGGCCUACGAACAGAUCAAGAGAUGGAUGCGUGGCAGUAAGGAGAGGGGACCUCUAAGGGUUCAUGAGAGGUUUGUAGCUGGGUCGUUAGCAGGAGCUACUGCUCAGACAGCCAUCUACCCUAUGGAGGUCCUGAAGACUCGUCUGACCCUGGGGAAGACAGGCCAGUACACCAGUGUGUUAGACUGUGCCAGACAGAUCCUCCACAGGGAGGGCAUCAUGGCCUUCUAUAAAGGAUAUGUACCCAACAUCAUAGGCAUCAUACCCUACGCUGGCAUCGACCUCGCCGUCUACGAGACUAUGAAGAAUGCGUGGCUAGCGAGGCACACAGAUUCAGCAGACCCAGGUGUUGUGGUGUUAGUGGGGUGUGGAACCAUGUCCAGUACCUGUGGUCAACUAGCCAGUUACCCUCUGGCUCUGGUCAGAACACGCAUGCAGGCACAGGCCUCUGUGAAGGGCGGCCCUCAGCUCUCCAUGCUAGGUCUGUUCCAGAACAUUGUGACCCAGGAGGGCGUGGCUGGCCUCUACCGCGGCAUCGCCCCCAACUUCCUGAAAGUCAUCCCCGCCGUCAGCAUCUCCUACGUAGUCUAUGAACACAUGAGGUGGAGAAUAGAGAAAUCUCUGGGAUAGGAUGACACCAUCUCCAUGUUGUGUGGUUGGUUGGUCCUGAAGAAGGAAGGGAUACGCCACUGGAACCUUGGAACCACCAGGACUUCUAGAACUUUUCAUAUUGGAACCACCAGGACUUCUAGAACUUUUCAUAUUGGAACCACCAGGACUUCUAGAACUUUUCAUAUCGGAACCACCAGGACUUCUAGAACUUUUCAUAUCGGAACCAGGGUGACUUGAGAACUUUUCACAAUGAAAAAAGGACCAGUAGCAAUCUACCUGCCAUGACUCAUCGUAGGUGGAAGAAGAGGAAGAGGAGAAGACGAGGUGUUGAAGUCUUGCUUUCGAUGAUCUGAAAGGAUUGGGAUGUGCUUGUGGACACAGGAUUUAAAUAAACCUCUGCCUACGAGAGUAUUUUAAAUUAUAAUGCUGUGAGGACAUUUUAGACAGCCGGAUGAGAAACAAACACAUUAAACCUUGUACUGUAUUUAGUGUUGCAAAACUUCAGGAACUUUCCCCAAAUUCCCUGAUUUUCCAGAAAUCCUGGUUGGAGUUUUUCUGGAAUCAGACAGAAAUAAGCACAAAAUCCUCAAUCCUCCAACCUGGGAAUUUGGGGGAAAAGUACAGGAUUUUGCAACCCGAUAUUGAAACUUGAUUUUUUUUCUGAAUCCCAGUUACUGUGGUACGUUUCAACAAAGAGUUUUACCAAGAGUUUUAUCAAAGUACGUAAAUAGUUAGAGAUACAUGGUUUAAUCAAGUGCUAAAGCCAAUAGAACACUGACACGCGCUGAUGUCAUCACGAUGAUGAUACGACUCAGAGGUGCUCCCCCUUUUACGUGUGUGUCAGUGUGUGUGUGUGUGUGUGUGUGUGUGUGUGUACAGCGAGUAGGUGUGAUUUUUCUCUCACAAAAAAUAUGAUAAAACUCCAGAAUGCCAAAUCAACCAAACUGCCAAGACUGUGUUAUUCUUCCCUCUUCUGAAUAACUUCCAUAUUACCAUUGUGUAUUUAUUUAGUUGGUUUAUGUGUAUGAGGUUAUAUCAUAACAAGGACUUCAAUAUGAGUCCAAUCACUACACUAUGAGUCCAAUGACUGCAAUAUGAGUCCAAUGACUGCAAUAUGAGUCCAAUGACUGCAAUAUGAGUCCAAUGACUUCACUAUGAGUCCAAUGACUUCACUAUGAGUCCAAUGACUUCACUAUGAGUCCAAUGACUUCACUAUGAGUCCAAUGACUUCAAUAUGAGUCCAAUGACUUCACUAUGAGUCCAAUGACUUCACUAUGAGUCCAAUGACUUCAUUAUGAGUCCAAUGACUGCAAUAUGAGUCCAAUGACUUCACUAUGAGUCCAAUGACUUCACUAUGAGUCCAAUGACUUCGAUAUGAGUCCAAUGACUUCACUAUGAGUCCAAUGCCUUCAAUGUGAGUCCAAUGACUUCACUAUGAGUCCAAUGACUUCGAUAUGAGUCCAAUGACUUCACUAUGAGUCCAAUGCCUUCAAUGUGAGUCCAAUGACUUCAAUAUGAGUCCAAUGACUUCAAUAUGAGUCCAAUGACUUCAAUAUGAGUCCAAUGACUUCGAUAUGAGUCCAAUGACUUCAAUAUGAGUCCAAUGACUUCAAUAUGAGUCCAAUGACUUCACUAUGAGUCCAAUGACUUCACUAUGAGUCCAAUGACUUCAUUAUGAGUCCAAUGACUGCAAUAUGAGUCCAAUGACUUCACUAUGAGUCCAAUGACUUCACUAUGAGUCCAAUGACUUCGAUAUGAGUCCAAUGACUUCACUAUGAGUCCAAUGCCUUCAAUGUGAGUCCAAUGACUUCAAUAUGAGUCCAAUGACUUCAAUAUGAGUCCAAUGACUUCAAUAUGAGUCCAAUGACUUCGAUAUGAGUGAUUUCUGAGUUGAAGCCUAUGGAUGCGGCCCAAAUAGCACCCUAUUCGGUGCACUAAAAAGUAGUGCACUAUUUUUAUUACCUUUAUUUAACUAUUGUGAAUGGGGGUUCUGU